UCCGCGGCCGACGUCCAGUCGGCCGCCGCGUGGCGCCACCGCGUCGCCGAGGCCCGGUCCAUCACGGAGGCCGAGGCCGCCGAGGCGGCCCGCGAGCAGGAGCGGCUCCUCGCCGCGUCGUCGCGCCGCUACCAGUUCACGCUCAAGGCCAAGGCGCGGCCGCCGCCGCCGCCGCGGCCCCCGGGCGGCCCGCCGCCGCCCCACUGGCGCUCGCCGGACCCCUACGUCGUCCUCGACGUGCGCCGCGACGCGUCCCGCGCCGCGGCGCGCAAGGCCUGGCUCCGGCUCGCCCUCAAGUACCACCCGGACAAGUCCAAGUCCCACGGCACGCGCGACGCGUUCAUCGCCACGCGCGUGCCCCUGCGGCGCCUGCGGGGCUUCGGCCCCGCGCCCGCGGCGCCGCGCCGGGCGCCGCCGCCGCCGGCGGCGCCGCGCGCCGCGGCGCCGCCGCCGGACGUCGCCGCGGCCGUCGACCGCGCGACGGCCGCGCGGCCCGACCGGGGCGUCGUGCCCUGGCGGCGCCCGGCGGCGGCGAAGCCCCCCGCGGACGGCGAGGCGGGCGACGACGGCCUCGAGCGCCACAGCAAAGUCCUCGCCGGCGAGCGGGCCGUCGCCGCGCGGCGGUCGCGCGGCGCCGCGGCCUGGGGCCAGUCCGCGCGGUUCCCGGAGGCGCCGGCGCCGGCGCCGCGCGACGCCGGCGCCGCGGAGACGCCCCUGUCGCUCAAGCGGGCGACGCGGCCCGACGUGCCCGGC